GUGAGCGCGGAUCGUUCCACAAACUGUUUAGAAGAUGCAGAAGUAUUUAGUUUUGCUGGGCAUUUGCUUGAUAUUUGCCAACCUUGUAGCGGCUAGACACCAUCUUCAUCUGCAUAGCGGACAGUAUAGACGUAAGGCGGAUGCGGCUUUGCCUCUGGAAAAUGUGCGGUAUUCGCCAGAACUUAUGCGGGAACUGCUCGACUUUCGCAAUCUAAUACCACGGACAACCAUUGACGAGUUGGUGGCCAAGCACACGCUUAUCGAUGGAGGCUUUCGCAAAGCCGUUAUCUUUUUGAAAAGUUCUGAGUUCACUCGACUCCAGCACAGUGCUGAACAAUUGCCAGAAGUAAUUAAACUCAUCAAUUUCUUGCAUAUGAAUGGGGAUAGUAGGAGCCGGCAAAGGCGAAAUACCAAAUUCCACAGCUACGACGACUGGAUCAGCGAUGUUGAAACUCUUAUCGUGCUCCUGGACUCAAGAAAUGAUAACAAUCUGGAGCAUCUGAACCCACCAAAGCUUGGUAGCUUUACUAGCUUUGUGCAGGAACUGCUUACCCAUUUGCCUCGAGAGAGUUUUGUGGAGUUAAUUAAAACAAAACUGAAGAAGUCUCCCAUAUUUGCUUCGUUUUACAAGGCCUUGCGAAGUGCAGAAUUCAAGCCGUUGGUGGAGGAAACAAUGCUAUCGCCUAAAGUGGCUGCCAUAAUCCGCACUCUAAAUAGUCAUAAAAUCGAUGUACAGAGCCUUAAGACAAUCGGAUAUGAGGCGCUCUCCUGGGGCCCCGAACCUAAUGAACAAGACGAUUAAAGUGUGAUAUAGAAGUAGUUAUAUGUAUUUAAGUUAAAAUAAAGAAGAAUAAAUAUUCCUUAGUCUAACGUA